CACCGCAGAGCACUAGAUAAUUCCUCGAUCUCCCAUGUGGAAUGUGUUUCAUUUCAUUUGUCUAAAUACAAUUACUCUUUUCCUUGUUUUAAUUCCGAUUUUCUGAUUUAAAUCCACACAAGACAUCCUCUGCAUCAUCACCACCGAUAAUGUCGUCGCCUCCGCCGGGGUCAACUCCAGUCACACAGGCGCCCAUCUCUCCACCUUCUAACAACACUACAUCACCUCCACCAACCACUCCUGCAUCUCCUCCUCCGCCUACUCCAUCUGCUCCGCCACCUGCCACUCCUGCAUCUCCUCCUCCGCCUGCCACUGCCGCUGCGCCGCCACCUGCCACUCCUGCAUCUCCUCCUCCGCCUGCCACUGCCGGUGCACCUCCACCAGCCACUACCGCAUCUCCACCACCCCCAACCACUCCAUCCGCUACUCCACCUGCUGCGUCCUCUCCUCCACCACCCUCCUCUACUCCUGCAUCUCCUCCGCCUCCGUCAACUCCUUCCAGUGGCAACUCACCCCCGCCACCAACAAGUUCGGGGACACCGACACCGUCACCGCCCACUGCUGCGAGUUCUCCGCCUCCGCCUAGUUCGUCGUCUUCUGCUGGUGGAGGCGUAAGUACUGGGUUAGUGGUGGGGUUAGUGAUAGGAGGAUUGGCUAUACUUGUGGUGUUCAGCUUGUUGUUUCUUUGUUGCCGUAAGAAGAAGAAGAGAAGAAAUUAUGAGGCUGGUUACUAUAUGCCUCCACCACCUCCUGGCCCCAAAGUUGACCCUUAUGGUGGCCAGCAGCAUCAGUGGCAGCACAAUGUCCCUCCACCUGCUGCUCAUGUUAUCACAACGAGGCCAAAACCCCCUCCACCGCCUCCAGUUGCAUCACUUCCACCGCACUUACGAGUUCAUUCUCCUUCUCCUCACCCACCGCCACCACCACCACCACCACCUUUCAUGAGCAGUAGUGGAGGUUCUGGCUCCAAUUAUUCAGGGCCUGACAACUCACUCCCACCACCUUCACCAGGCAUCUCUUUAGGUUUCUCAAAGAGCACAUUUACAUAUGAGGAAUUAUCUAGGGCAACUGAUGGCUUCUCAGAUGCCAACCUCCUUGGACAAGGUGGCUUUGGGUAUGUACACAAAGGAGUCUUACCUAAUGGAAAAGAAGUGGCUGUGAAGCAACUGAAAGCUGGAAGUGGGCAGGGAGAACGUGAAUUUCAGGCAGAAGUUGAAAUUAUCAGCCGAGUACAUCACAAACAUCUUGUUACCUUGGUUGGCUACUGUAUUGUUGAGUCACAAAGAAUGCUUGUUUAUGAGUUUGUUCCAAACAACACUUUGGAGUUUCACUUACAUGGAAAGGGGCGACCAACCAUGGAUUGGCCCACCAGACUGAAAAUUGCUUUAGGUUCUGCCAAAGGAUUGGCAUAUCUUCAUGAAGAUUGUUAUCCUAAGAUUAUUCAUCGUGAUAUUAAGGCUGCUAACAUACUUCUGGAUUUCAAGUUUGAGGCAAAGGUGGCAGAUUUUGGACUGGCAAAAUUCUCAUCUGAUGUCAAUACUCAUGUCUCCACAAGAGUAAUGGGUACAUUUGGUUACUUGGCUCCAGAAUAUGCUUCAAGUGGAAAACUCACAGAAAAAUCAGAUAUUUUCUCUUUUGGGGUCAUGCUUUUGGAAUUGAUUACCGGACGCCGACCUGUUGACUCAAGCCAUUCUUACAUGGAAGACAGUUUGGUUGACUGGGCAAGGCCUCUGCUUGAUCAAGCUCUAGAAGAUGGAAACUUUGACAGUCUGGUUGAUCCAAGGCUGCAAAAUAAUUAUGACCACAAUGAGAUGGGUCAGAUGGUUGCUUGUGCAGCCGCUUGUGUGCGUCAUUCAGCACGUCGCCGGCCUAAAACAAGCCAGAUCGUCCGUGCUUUGGAGGGAGCCAUGUCUCUUUCUGAUCUCAACGAAGGAAUUAGACCUGGACAUAGCAAUAUUUACAGUUCUUAUGGAAGUUCAGACUAUGAUACGAUGCAAUACAAUGAAGACUUGAAAAAAUUCAGGAAGAUGGCAUUGAACAGCCAGGAGUAUGGUGCAAGCAGCGAAUACAGUGCACCUACAAGUGAAUAUGGAUUAAACCCUUCUGGCUCAAGCGGUGAAAUCACCCAAGAAAUGGAGAUGGGACGGAUGAAGAAAAACAGCCAAGGUUACAGUGGAAGCUCAUAACAACUAACGUUCCAUUUUUCUUUGUAAAGUCCUUGGCCCCCUUCUUUUUAAUUGCAAAAAAGCUGAGUGCAUACAAAAUAUUCUUUUCUUUCAUGAGUCUAAUUUUGAUUUGUUGGUAUUACUUGUAUUUAUUAUUGA